AUGUCCUUGGCAGCCUCAGAUGUGCAACCCCCAGCGGUGGGGGACAAGAACCCUAAGCAACUCGCAGCCCAAUGGGGGGUGUCCCCAGUCCCGGCGUGGGCCUUCUCGGCAGCCCUCUUGCUCUCGCCUGCCCUGAGACCACAGUUCCCUGUCUUGAACAACCCGAACGCUGGAGGUGCCGGCGGCGCCAACACAGGAGCUGGCGGGAUGUCGUCGUCUAUGUUCCGGUCUGCAAAAGCUCCCCUUGCGGCCUACCCGUCCAACAUCCAGGUGUUGGUGUUCUCCUCGUUCAUCGGGUUGGGAGGCUUCAUGUGCUACGAUCACGAUCCGACAAACGGCGCCGCCGUCGCCGGCUGCUGGAGUCUUUUGUACUUCCUCACCAACGUCAAACGUAGCAUGUGGAACCUGAAGGUGUACCCGAAGGCUUUGACCAGUCUUGCGUUGGUGAAUUCCGCCAUCUACUCCGCCAAGUACUUGAACUUGGUUUGA